AUGUCAGGCGGAGCUGCGCCGUCUUGGCACGAAGACCCGCCGUACUCGGUGCGACGUCUCCGCGCCGAAUACCUGGCCCGCGUCAGCAACUCGACGACGUCGCGACCUGCACGUCAUCGGGUCUUCGGCUCCAGGCCGACCCCUUCCUUGCCCUACAUUCCAGAAGCCGAAGAGGUCUGUAGGGUCAGAAUACAAGGGGCGGAGCAUUUUUAAAGACCUCCUCUAAAGUCUUUUUGAAUCAAAGUCAGUAUUUUUGAUGCUUCCUGACUUAAAAGACGACAUGGCUAGAUUUGCAAGGGUGAUGCGUUGCGGACGCGACGCGGCUUUUUGGCGGGAAUUUCGAGUUAAAACUCGGGCCGUCUUUCCAUUUUUUUUUUCCUUCUUUGGUGGAUUUUAAUAGUUUUUAACUUUUGAUAGUUUUCAGAAAACUUAUUUGAACAAAUAAACGUAUAAAAACUGAUUUUUUACAACUUUUUUCCCAUGGUUGCGUUAGGCUUUGGAUUUCCCGCCAAAAGCCGCGUCGCGUACUAAACGCGUUACCAUUCCAUCUAAUACGCCUUUCAAGUCGAGAAGAAAUGGACUACGCCUUCUGAAGCUGAAACUUUCAUUUUGGUCAACACCGCCUUCAUGAACUUCGAAUUUUGAACCUUUUCCCUCAAAAAUUCUGCAAAGCGACCUGGACUAAUCUGCACUUGCCCACGUAGGGAAGGUGGUCAGCCAAGAAAAUCGAUAUGAAUAUCGGGAAAAGGAACGAAAAAUCGUAAGCCCCCGGGCCGUGUUUCAUGCUGUUUGUCGACCUUUUCGACCGCAGCGAGCACGUCGAGAGACUGUGCAAGGCGAAGAGAUGGGGGCAGAUUUGUAAGGGAAGAUGCUUGAGAAGAACGGUCGGAACUCGAAGAUGAUCAGUGGAAAAGUUUGUAGGAGUGGAUGGGAUCAAUAGGAAUUUGUAAAUCUUCAGUAGAUUAAGGAGAUUUGGAAGGUAUUUAAGGUACUUAUUUGCUUCUGAGCGUUUCAAAUUAGGAUUUCACACUCAGGUAAGAUCUUCUUGAAUUGAAAAACGAAAAUGGGAUAUUAAGAGCGAUUUUUUUAGGGAAUCGCUGUUAAAUGAAUACAAUUGUGAAGAUAAGGAAGCAUUCCAAAAACCUUGAAAAAAAAAUCUGCUUUCUCUGCACCCUCUUUUCCCUCGAUCUUUCAAUGAGGGAAAAGAGAGCCUAGACAUAUCAGACUGUUUAAAGUCGAACCGAAAAUUACCCUUGACUAUCUCAGGAACGACGCUCAAGCUGGUCGCAGGUCGAGCAGCUCCCGCCGCCCAAACGGCCUUCCUCGGCUCAGAAGAACGAGCCUUCGGAACCUCCACCUCCGCCGCCGCUGUCAGCAGCGCCGCCGACCCCGCCGCCGCCACCCACCAACCUCAACCGAGGGACUUCCAGAUCACAGCUGCUCUAUCCGCUCGGCAGCACUGAUAACAUUGCCAGCGAGCGAAAGCCCGCCGAACGACCACCGGAAAAGGUUUCUAGUCUCGUUUUUGAUAGUUUCGAUUGUUGUGGCUUGCGCUUCAACUGUACUAGUUCAAAUACAUUCUGGUUUCCGAAUAAGAAGCCAACUUUUUUUCUAAGGAUGCCUACUGAGAAGCAUUGAAGGCUCUUUAGCUUUGGGGAUUUUUCUCCGAAAAAAAAAUUCUUGGAAAUUUUUUAAUGGCCACUAUAGAGGCUCGCCGAGGACUACUUGGAGAAGACACUAAAGUGGCCACUAAACCCACCUCUAUAGUGGCCACUAUUUUCCGUUUUAGCGGCCACCAUAGAGGUUUUCUGAUAGUGACCACUUCAGUAGUUUAGUGACCAAUAAUUUUUAACCUCUGAAGUGGCCACUAAGUUGACUACUAUAGUGGCCACUAAAAAAUUUCUGUUUUUUGAGCAUAAUUUUGAAGGGCCUUGAUCAUCAAGAUAAAAAUGAGCCAAGGUUAGAAAUUCGAAGUUUUCUUGGUUAUAUAUACAGAAAAUAUUAUCGUCUUUUCAAUUUAGACUGGUUUCAUAAUUUUUCACACACAUUUGUGUCAGUUCUAGGCCGAAGUUCAGGAAAUUCGAAAAUCGAAAAAAAGUUUUUCAAAGUUUUUUUACAAAAAGCCGAGGCCGAACCGACAUUUUUUUAAUCAUAAAAUUUCAAAUUCUUCAGUCGGUAAAUAAUUAUAUGAGCUAGCCCGGCGAGAUGGAAUCACAAAAACCAGGAAAAGAAGAAUUUGAACCAAAAAUGAAAGAGUAACUUGAGGUUGAUUAUGAAAAAAACCGAGGUCAAACUUAAUUUUGGAAAUUUCCUAAUUCUUAAGUGGUUCAAAUCUUUAGUAAAAAUAAAACUAGGGAAUAGAGUAUUUGAACCAAAAAAAAAGUAACUUGAGGAUCUUCAGUCAAUGAGUUAUUUCAUAAAGGGACAGUAUUGGGAAAAUGUUUAGUGGCCGCUAUAGUAGUCAAACUAGGGGCCAGUUAAAAGGUUAAAAAUUAGAGGCCACUGUAGAGGUCUAAGUACUGCUACAAGACCACUAAACAUUUUAGUGGCCACUUUAGGGGUCAAUGGAUCAACAUAACUGGUCCAAUCUGUUUGUUUUGAAAUUAUCAGUGUUACUGGAAGGAAUAUUGGAUGAAAAACUACUGAAGUGGCCACUAUAGAGGUGGGUUCAGUGGCCACUUCAGUGUCCUCUCUAAGUAGCCCUUGGCGAGCUUCUAUAGUGGCCACUAAAAGUUUUCUCAGUAAAUGGACUGGAAUAAUUUGAACCACACAAAGAAAAAUGAGUCAUUUGCAGGUUGUCUACGAGAACAAGCCGAUCCCGCCGUCAGUCGUCGCCGUGCAGGUCCAAGACGCACCGGCGCCAGGCCGAGGCCGGUCGCGCGACCCCGAACACGACUACCCGGAGCGGUUGAUGAGCCCUCCGCCGAACCAUCAGCCCCGCUCGAUCCUCAAAGGAUACUCUUCCCAGAAGCAGUACUACGAAUCGACGCACGAGAUGCGGCCGCCUUCCCGAACCCACUUCGAAGACCUCAGCGAGGAGGAGAAGAACCCGAAUUAUGCGGGAGAACCUCCAGAGACAUCGGCAGUCGAGGAGCACUCCCAGUGGGCCGCGGCCUCAGCCCACCAGCUUCAAUGGACCUUUCUUCAAGCUGGAGGAAGUCAGUCCCAAGCAGAGGUACUCGGAAAGGUGUAGAAUAAAUAUGAAUGUUCGAAAAGGUCCCAAUCGGCGAUUCCGCCGACGAAUGGCGUCCAUCAACAGCAGACGAGGGAGUUCAGCUACACGAUGUCGCAGAUGAGCCACAUGUCCGCCUCGGAAAUGGAGCUCGAUAGGCACAAUUCUGGAAAGGUAGAGCACUUGAGUACCUGCUCGAAAAAUAUUUUUUCGAUCUUGGAUCUUAAAAAAUUUUCCUCUCUAUUGAUUAUACAACAGAUUUGAAUAAAAAAGGGAAAAAUCAUAAAUUCUAUAUUUUGGAGUUUUUUUGCCAGAUUUUGAGAAGAGAAUUUUUUAAUUUUUUUUUAAAGUUCUGAGUAAAGUAACUGAAGGUUCAGGAAUUUCAAAUUUUAAAGUUUUUUUUCGAGAAAGCGAAAUAGUGUAUAGAAACAAGAGAUUUUUCACUAGAAUCUUCAAUUUUUGGAUGAUUUAACGUAGUUUGAAGUAUUGAGGAAAAAAAAUCUCACUGGGGCGCCUGAAUAUCUUAUUUUGCACUGUUCUCCUAACCGUAUAAAGGAUUUUGUCACAACUUCUUUCAAAAAGAAAAAGGAAACAUUUAUGAACCUUUUAAGGAACUCUAGAGUGGUCCCUAUGGGGGCAACCCUAGAGGCCCUUAAGGAUUCCUCUUCUUCUACAGUGGGCAUAUAGAUUCUACCCUAAAAAUGGCUUUUUUUUGUCCCAUUUAGGGGCUGUUUUUCUCCCGAAUUUCUAUAAGGACCACUCUUGCGUUCCUAACGAGUAAGGUCAUUUCACUUUCUUCUAAAAAUUGGCCAGAAUGAACCAGAUGAAGAUCCUGAAAGUCUAAACCUGCACAACUUCCUAGUUUUUAAGAAAAGACACCUGAAACUCGAAGAAUACGCUAAAAAUCCGUCAAAAUAGGCCAUUUUGAGGCAUUUCUCGAAAACGAGGAAGUUUUGCAGGUUGAGACUUUCAGGAUCUUCAUCAGGUUCAUCGAGGAGUGUUCUGGCCAAUUUUUUGGAGAAUCCCAACCACAAAGUGGAAUGACCUUCCUUAGGAACGCAAGAGUGGUCCCUAUAGAAGUUCGGGAGAAAAACAGUUCCUAUAGGGGAGUAUUCGUGGCCUCUAGUAGAUUUCUGAAAAAAUUUUCGGUCAAGUAGACAUAUUUAUUAUUUUUUUUGAAAACAUAAUAAUUUUUACAAACAGUGUGAAGCAUCAAAACUAGUCAAACACUUUUUUACUGAAACUCAUCCAAAGUUAAGCAAAAGCCAUUUUCAGGAAGAUCCAUCGGUUGUGAUUUGGCCACCACUUUCUGAUAAAGAACGACCGCGAUCCCAUUCGGUCAUGUCGAGGAACAUCGCCGAUCCUGAUAGAAUUGACGAGUAUAGAAGACAGAAAAGACUAGAGGAAGAGGCGAUGAGACGACAUGACGAGCAGCAGUACAUCAGCAUGAGCAAGCAGGUCAGGAUUAGUCUCAGAUUCAGAUGAAAAAGACCUUUUUUCCACUUUUUGGAUUCUGUUAAAGUUUAAAAGCCUGGUAGAUACCAAAAAAAAUUCCUUGAAGUCUUUAAAUGCGUUUUUGGGAAUUUCUAGUGGCUACUUUAGCGGUGUCAGCACUCUUAAGUGAUCCUUAGAGGUUCUAGUUUUAGAAUGGCUUUUCUCCUUGAAACCUUAUGACUUCCGGAAAAUAUAUUUCUAUCAUAAAGGUUUUUUUUCAAGGUUCUGUGGUCACUUAAGUAGUCAAAAUAGUGGCCACUUAAGUGGUACCACUAGACCACUGAAAAAUACUAUACUCUGCGAAAAAUUUUCUCUAUAGGGUUUCGACGUUUUAGUGAUCACUAUAGUAGUCAAACUAGUGGCCACUUUAGGGAUUAAAAAUUAAUGACCACUAUAGAGUUCUAAGUGGUACUACUAGAUGACUAAAACUACUAAAGUUGUCACUAAUGAACCAAUAGUGGCCUCUAUAGAGGUGGUUUUGUGGCCACUUUAGUCUCCUCUUCAACUCGUCCAUGGGGAGCCUCUUAAGGGGUAACUAGAGUUUUCUUAGCAUACUAAUUUUAUCAAGCUCAUCUUUCAGAUCCGCGCCAUCCAAAUCCAGCAGCAGAGGCUCUACGAACAGCAGCACGGCGUGACGUCACCAGUUCCGAUCAUGGACUCGCUGUCGCCGGCGCCGCAAGCCUCGCACUACCCGCCCCACUACUCGCAGACCCAGCAGCCGGCGCCAGUUCAGCACUUCGCGACGACGACGCCGAGUUUCCAGCCGCAGGACGACCCCCAGACGCCCCCGUCCCACGUCCGCGUCUUCGAGACCCGACCCAUUUCGGCUCUGUCUGACGCCGUGGAACCCGAUGGAGGACAGCCGCCGACGACUUCUUGGAAGAGGUCUGCAAAAAAUGGAAUUCUCAACGAUUUGAGAGAAAAAUUUUGAGAAAUUUUCCGCAAAUACAAGCAGAGUAUAGUCCGUUCACCGAGACUUCACAUUUUUGGUGUGUAUGCGUCUCCACAGUGUUCCAAAAGAGACGGCGGCAAGCGAAAAAAAAAGGUCGUCGCAAUAGGGCGAAAACGCGAGUUUUUUCUAACGCAAGGCGGUGCGGCGCGUGUCACCCCCACAAAAUUUCAUUCACUUUUAAUACGGUUUUUUCUCUUUUUCUUGCGUAUUUUACCAUUCUUUCGUAUUUUUUCACGCUGUAUGUGUUCUUAAAACGUGUUUAUCGCGUUUUCCAAAGAUUUGAAGUGAUUUUCGAUUGUUCUCGUCACAGAAAUUCGCAUUAAAAUUACAUUUUUGAUGACAACUUAUUUCGCAUAAGAUAUUUCGUUUGUUUUUUUGUUUUAGAAUUUUCAAAUGGACUUUCUUAAGAGAAACGCUUUGAGAUUUUUCUCAAAAUUUUUUUAUCGAGGCAUCAUUCGACGAAUUUAUUCUUGAAAAUGUAAUUUUGGGUGACAACUUUAUUCGCACAAGCUAUUAUGUAUCUGUUUUUGUUUUAAAACGUUCAAAUGGUCUUUCUUAAGAGAAGUGCUGUGAGCUUUUUCUCAAUUUUCCCUUUGGAAGUUCGAUUUGACGAGUUUUCCUAAAAAACGACAUUUUGAAAGAUAUUUUGUUUUGCAGAAACUUCUUCGUCUCUUUUUUCAUUUAAAUUUGUUCGUUGUAAUUUAAUACACAUUAAAAAUGUUUGAAAACUUGCGAGAAACUAGAAAAAACAUCAUUUAAUGGUCUUUUUCCAACCACUAAAUCCACAAAACUUGACUCUCAUCCCCGCGCACCUAUUGCAAUAAACCGUGCCGCUGUUGCAGUCAGCCACGCCUACUGACCACAGCUGCCGCUCGUUUGGGAACACUGUGGUCUCUCUGUUCUUUUUGGUCAGAGAAACGGAAAUAGCACGUCAACAUGAGAGGGUCGCUGAGAGAUGAGGAGGGCGCAGAGAAAAAAAAGUCGUGAAAAAAGCUUCUCUGCGCCCUCCUCCUCUCUCGGCGACUCUCUCAUAUUGACGUGCUCUUUUCAUGUUUCUCUGACCUCGUCGGUGAGGGAACAGAGAGACGCAGACAUGCAGACGAAACUGUCACGUCGCGAUGGACGGACUAUAGCCCAUUUUUACGCAAAAAAGUUCAAAAUUUCUCAAUUUUAAAGAGUUCACUAUAAAUUUUCAAUAUUUUCAGAACUUACAUCGUCGAGAAGCCCGCGGACAUUGCCAAAAACGAGAUCCUGACGUCGGAUGAGUUGCUCGAAAGGGAGCAGUACGAAGUAGAUCUGCUCAAGGUGAGGAAAAAUCAAUAAAAAACGAUUAUCUAAAUUUUUUAAUUUUUUAAAAAAUUAUUUUUUUGGCCUCUUGUUCUUUUUUUCUUCUAUUUUUGCGAAGCCCCGAAAUUUUUCAAAGUUCAUUUCUAUUACGCAAAUUGACAUACAGAACUUCCUAGUUUUCAAAAAAAGUAAUUCAAAGUCGGAAAAAGUUUGAAAGGCCAGAAGGGCGUUUUGCAGUAAAGUUGCUCAAUGGACAACAUACCAUUUUUCGGAUUUCCGCUUUUUUCUUCGUUUUUUUUAAUAUUCAAUUUUUUCUGUUGUCACCAAGGUUCUUUACGUCACAAAAUCUUUCUAUGCAUGUAUAAUUUGCAAACUUUGAUCGCAAAAAUGCUUUUCUAGGAAGAUAUGACGAUUUUAUACGACCGUUUUUUGAACGUUUAAAAAGGCUUAGGACUCUUUUCGGUUACAGUGUGUUCACUUAAGUACUCUCACAGCCUAAUCCAACGUUUGGAAGUAGACUGUACGAUCGAGAAAUUUCAGCGACGUGAAGCGUUCGUCGAGAAGCCAGAAGACUCGCCGCAGAUCCAAAGAACCGGAAAACGUUGGCAGCCGCCGCCGGAGAAGCCCUACGUGUGGCCGACGCUGAGAAGGCCCAUUUCCGUGGAGCCGACGAUGGAACCGACCGAUUAUCCGGUCCAAGGCGACGAGUACAAAUGGACGCCGGUGGUCAACGACCCCGGCUACAAGAGGGAACACAAGAACUUCACGCCGGUGAGCAGUCCGCCGGCGUCGCCACGACGGGGCCACGGGGCCGGACCGCUCGACGAGCCCGCCAAGCGACAGACCAAAUAUGUCAUCCAGGUUGGUUUUCAUGCAAAUCACAUGGUGGCCAGGCCUCAGAGGGUGUAUCCUUAUUGUAGCGUUUUUUUUUUGAGGCUAUCUGAGUUUCAGUUGGGCUGUAGCAGGGUAACAAUGGGUGCAAGAAAGUAGGUAUAGUCUGUGUGCCACGACUUGAAGUUUCACGGAACGACAUUCCGUUGUUCCGCUGCGUGCGUUCGCGAAGCGUCUUUCGAAUCUAGGUCACGCUUUAAAUUUAUUGUUAUUGCUGUGGGAGCAGAUGAAAGUAGAGUACCUCAAUAAAAGAAAAAAAAAAUUAAAAGCAGCACGGCUGGGUAACAUCAUCAGCAUGGGACAAUAUUAUUUUCCUUGGGGAUGGGACCAUUUUCAUCACUUUCUUUGGGAAAUAAUUAUUAUAAUAGAUUUAUGAAUUCAUUCGUAGUGAUAAUUCAAAUUCACUUUUUAAGGGUUGUAAUGGUAAAAAAAUUGAAAAAAACCCAAAAAUUGAAAAAAAGUUGAGAUUAAGUCCGUUUUUUUAAAAAUUAUUAUUCGAUAAGGCACAAAAAAAUAACCGUUUUUUUCCUAAUCAUAUUUUUCAAACGCUCGUACUUUAUAACAUGCCUUUUUAAUAUAAUAUUCAACUUUGGAACCUACCUGCAAUGAAUUUUCGUUUAAAUUACGAGAAUUCAUAGUUGUUUUGAAAAAGUGAGUAGUUCUAUUUUUCGGGAAUAUUUUCAGUGAGAGUUGAAUUGAAAUUUUCCAUGAGAGCGAAAGUUUCUCGGGCUUUUUUGGGCAGGAUAAUGUUUUAGCGUUGGUCUUGACACGUUUUGGUGCGAAGAAGGACCUUUAAAAACGCUAUGUAUCUUUUUAAAUUUUUUUUUCCUUUCAAGAUUUUUUUAUGGACACUUCAUCGUCUUUUGUGAAUUAUUUCCCUUCCCCAACACCCAAUAUGUAACUUACUCUAUUGUAGAGGGCCUCAGGCGAUAUAGCCAAGGAUAUUUUCUGCGAUAUCGUUUAUAAGAUUGAAGAAUUUUUUUGCUUAGUUUUUUUUGACUUUUUAUAUUGAAAUCAAUCGAAUGAAAGAAAAAAAUAGUUAAACUAAAUUUAUUGGAGGGCGAUAUAGCGCGAGACUUUUGCGAUGUCGCGAACGAUAUUUUUCGGUGUUUCCCCGCGGUAUAACGUUACUAUCGUUGCGAUAUUAUUUUUUACAUUGGAUGUAAUAAUUAAGACUACUUGAUUUUUCUGACAAGGAUAUUAUUAUGAUUGAAAAAAGAAAGGUUUUUUUUUCUAGCCUUCGCCCGACGGUAGCCAUCGACCCAAGCCAGCCUUCCGGAAAGAAAGACACGCGCCGAGCGGCGGAUUCUUCCCCCAUGCCCCGAAUGCCAUCAAGGUAAAUCAUUUUCAAAGCCUUCUUUUUCUAUCAAACUACAAAAAAUAGCUGAACAUUCGUAGAUUUUAGCUUCUGACAUUCAGUUUUACAGUCCUACUAGAGGCAUCUCCGAAAAUUUUGAGAAUCUUCCGGAUUAUCAUUCAAAAGUAUGAAUGAUUUGAAAGAGUCUGAUUUUCCUACGGUGAGAGGUCAGAGUACUUCAAGGGGUGAGACAAGGAAUAUGAUACAAAGAAAGAAAAAAAUAAAGAUAGCAUAGGUAAAACGGGUAAGUGACUUUAAAGACCAUCACAAGGCUUUUUGAGCACAUUUUUUUACAGUCUAAGUGAGGGGGGUUUCUCGUAGAGUAUCAAAAUUCAAAUUUCAAAAAAGAAAAACGUUUCCUACGAUUAUUUUUCAUUUCUUGGACUUUCCAGAUCGUCAAAAGACGCGCCGCCUCGGCACAAGGCCUUCUGACGCCCUCGGUGCCGCAGGAAGACGAACGGGUCGAAGUUCUCCACCAGAGGAACUACCAUCGACUCGACGCCGGCCUGUCCGAACGGACCCGUCGGGAGAUGAUGCACAGCAGCGAGCACGACCUGAGGGCCGUCCCCGACUGGGAGAAGAUCUACGAGCUCCCGCCUCACAGCUCCCAACUCGUCUCCAAGGUCGGUGUCGGUUCGGCCAGAUAAAGUACUUACCGUAGAUGGGCAAGUACAGAACUCAUACUGCCCGGGAGGAGGGGUUGGCUCCCGAAAAUUUUGGAAAAUUAGUGAUAAAUUCAAUUUUCAACCUCCGGGAGGUAGUUUUGGCCAAAGUAAUACAAGUUUUAGUCUCAGGGAGGUAGUGUCAACUUUCAGUUUCCGAAAAAUAAAAGAUCAGUCUCUAAGAAUUCUAUUAUUCCUGGUUUUGAUGGGUUUUCGCUGUCUUUUUACUUUCCUACUUCCAUAAUACAAUGAAAGUUUUAUGAAAAAAGAAAAUUUUUGACGUAUCUAGUUUGUAGUAGGGCCCUCAAAAAGCUUUUUUUAAAAAAACAAAAAAAUGAAAAAUUAUUACAAUUUCGAAAAAUCGAGAAAAGAUGUGGAGCAUUACCGUUUCAAACAAUGAUUUUCAAAUUUCAUGUGUAGCUGUUUUCUGAUCAUUUUGGAAAAAAUGGGAUGCUAUAAAGUACGAGCGUUUACAAAAUACGACCGGUGCGACCCCUUUUUUUGUGCUCCACUGCAAAUUUAUAAAAAUACGUGCGUGUUUUGAAUAUUCAUUAUUUUUGAAAUUAAACAAAAUUCUAAUUUUUCGAUAGACUUCUGAUCCGUGUAGUGAUGUCUUUCAUGUAUUUUUGAUAGUAUCUUUUAUUAAACCACUUUUCAAGAUUUAUUUUUUUUCACGUAGUCAAUUUUUUUCACCUUAUUUCCGGUUUUUUUACAGACUCAUGAACUGUAUGAAAUCGUUUUAGAAGCUCCUAAUAAGAAGCCAAAGUUGUUAGAGCAAUUAAAGAAAAAAAUUAAUCAUAGUGAAUUCAUAAAUUUCGUCGUAGUACUUUUUUGAAUAGUUUUCUUCAAAAGGAAAGAUAGAAAAAAAUACAAAAAAAAGCGCCGGUCGCAUUUUGUAAACGCCCGUACUUUAUAGCAUGCCGAAAAAUAUGAUGUCUCUGCACUCUCUUCUUCCUCGUUGAUACUCUACUAUUUUCAUGGUUCUGUGACCUAGAAGACGAGGGAAAAGAGACGCAGACAAGCCAAGUCAAUGAAUCAUUGAAGUUUUAGAUUUUUCAAGCUCAAGAAGUUGCAAAAAACAGAGAAAAAUAAAUACGGAACUUUUCAUGUUCAGGAAAUGCCACGACACGUCGACGUCCGCCGACGCCUUUCCCAGUUCGAAAAUAGCGCCCAGCAAAGAUCGCACCAACGAACGAGCAGCGUCGAAAGUGUUAGUCGGGAAAACUAGAAAUCAAUUCAAGAAAAAGAUAAAUCAAAAAAUAAUCGAAAACACCGGGCUUUUGCUUCAUUUGCGCGCUUCUCCUAUUGGUUUUUCUUGCCCCUAGAGUGCUCAUUUACUAGCUUUUCACUUGGGUUCUCUCAUUCUGGAUUCUAUAAAAAGAGGCUUCGUGCUGUGUGUUUUGUGUGCAGUGGUCGUUUCAGCAGCCCCACUAUCCGCUGCCGGACUACGAGGCUCAGCCGCUUCCGCCGCCCCCGCCGCCGCCCCCGGCACAACCGCGGUCGUUGUCGCGGCACGACAACCCGCAGCAGCAGUAUCGACAUCAUCCCCAGCAUCAGCAGGUUGGGUAACCUGAAGAAAGUGGCUUGAAACGGCUAUUUUCUAUAUUUUUGACGAAGGUUUAGGAGACGUACUGUAGGGAUAGAGCUCUAUUUUUUACUCAAAAAAAUUUUUAUUUGAAAGAAAAAUUGAAAAAAUUUUGUAACGCUGAAAAUGGAACUUUUUUGCAAUGUACAUGUGACUGGAGGGCUUUACAACGAAAUAGUAAAAAUUUUCUAAAGUCCAUUCACCGCGACUUGACAGUUUCCAAGUGUCUGCGUCUCUCUGUUCUCUCACCGACAAGCUCAGAGAAACAUGUAAAUAGCACGUCAAAGUGAGAGAGUGGCCGAGACAAGGAGGGCGCAGAAAUUCCCUUUCCUUUCAAGUCCCAAAAAACGAACUAUGGUAUUCUUUUUAAAUUAAAAAUUUUAUAAAAGGGGGAAAAAAAUCAAAAAAAGAACAAGGCCUAAAAAAAUUAAGAAAAAAAGUUGUAGAUCAUUUAUUUUUUUAUUUAACUUUCAUAACCCAAAAAAAUGUUUGCAGAUGUCCCGACGCAACUCGGUAGCGUCGACGCGGAUAGACACGCCGCCGAUGACGUCACACCGGAGCGAACGAAGGAAUCGCGGCGACUCGCGACUCGACUCGCGUGGACCGUCGCGGGCAGCUUCCACCAUUCCACUGUCGCCGCAGCCGAGGCCGACAACGCCCGGAGCGUCGCGAGCUCGCAACUUCAUCGCCAGAGCCACGGCGCCGAGUCCGACGCCUUACGCCUAUGACCGGGCACGACCUUAUGUUCCUCCGGCGUUGCCGCCAGGCUACAGGGUCGGUUUUAGGGAAUUUUUGAAGCUCUUGAGGGAUAUUAUGGGCGAAAAUGAAUUGAAAAAAUGAUAUGAUUUAUUUACACGUCUGCUCAAGACAGUCUGUCGUAUUGAGGUAGUUGAGAAAUAUCUUCUGGUUUUUAAGUAUAAAUUCCUACCUUUAUCUAUUUUUAUCUAACUAUUUUUCAAUAGAUAGGUUCUUUAAAAAAACAGCAAAGGGAAAUUUAUAAAAGUGUUCAUUCAGGCAUCAUCUUUCUUUCGUUUAAAAAAAAGGUUCAUUUGAUUUGGACCACGGAGAAAGUUAGAUUUUUUUCGUAUUUCGGCUACAGUAAUCCUCAAAAGGGGCGGAGCCUUACAAAACCUUGUUCAAAAAGUUUUUUUAAUACAUCUGUAGUUGUUGUAAUAUAAGUAUGAGCUCGUUUAAAGCAACAUGAAUUUUUCGUGCCCACUGUAAAUCGCUUAUCUCAGGGCUUAUCUGUGAUAAAAACUUCCGGACCCUCAUUUUCCAAAAUAAUUAAUUUUCAGCUGACGGACCCGACGCCAGACAUGCGGGCGACGUCGCCCUCGCCGGGCAACACGAAGAAGAUGAUCCGGAACGUGGCCGAGUCGACCCAACGACUCCAUCCGACGCCCCAGGCCUCCCGCGCCCCAUCGCGAACCCACUCGGCCCGCCACAGUCCCAACCCUCGAUUCCUCUGAAGCCCUUCCGUUUCAUUCAACUGCAAAAACGCCUUUUUCUAACUUAUUCUUCAUAUCGACCGACUACAAAUAUUAUUCUACUUUCUGACAUUACUUCUUCGAAAUCACUGCCAAUUGGAAAAAAAGUUCGCCGACUUUUUGACUGGAAACAAAUAUUGCUGAAGUUCACUGGAUAGUUUGGCGCGGAUUGAGAGGUAUGUUUGAAGAAAAAGAAGUUUGAAUAUUCCGUGGGUUUUUGGAAAAAAGAGCUGAAAAGAGAUUUUGAGCAAUUUGUGGAAUGUGCGCUCCACUGAUAAAAUAGAUAGAAACUGAUUUUUUCCACGUUUUUCUUUAAAAUGACUCUUAAAGGACAUCGUUUUGGAGGCUGACAUCCUUUUGACCUUAAAUGAAAUUUUGAAAAAGGUUUUUCGCUUUGAGACCUCUUUGGCUGAUUCAUGGUUGGCUUGAGCCAUCGACAAAAUGGUCCUGACACGAAAAAAGGAGAUAGUGCUUGGUUAGUGGAGAGUGCAGACAAACCACGCCCUUCGCGUCUUGAGCUAACCGUGAAUAGACUAUAGGAGAAAGAAAAAUUCAUUAUUGUCAGUGGAGCGCAUUUUCUCAUACCUGGUAGGAUAUGAUUUUUCUUUCAAAGUUUCCAACUCUACCUUCAAAAACCCACUUUCUCAAAAUGGAAGAACCUUCUCAAUGUCUUCAUUUUUCAAGUUAUUGAGAAGAUUCUUUUAUUUCCAAUCACUCUUCAGGCAAUCUCAUUAACAUUCCCCAGACCUUGACCAUUUUUGUCGAAAUUUCCCCGGGUCUCUCGUUCCCUGCAUGUCACUUUCUUGUUCUAUGUGCUUCCAAAUGUCCGUCUUUCAAGCUUUGCACAUUUCUGUCACAAAUUUCCUUUUCAUCUAUUCAAAUUUUCCAUUUUUCAGGAGGCCAACAAACCACCACCGGUGAGUCACCUUUUUUUUUCUUUUUUGGGUAUUUAAAGGUAUUUUUUCAUGGGUUUGUGUUUCCAUUCGGGUACAAAGCUUAUUGACCGUCUUUAUUUUGAUGAGACUAAUCGGUUUGGUAACGCUUCGACCUUGGUUUCUUUGACCUACUUGAAAGAGAACAUCAGACGACGGAGCUGGACGAGCUGGCCCGGAAGAACGAGGAGCUGUCCGAGCGGAGCAAGGCCCUCAGGUCCCAGUAUAAGCUCAUCGACUCGGAGAUCGUCAAACAGAAUCCCGAGCCUCUGCCAGCUCAAUUUAAGGUUUCUGGAGCUUUCCCUACAAGGAGGGUAGUUUUACCUUGGCUUAGAGUUUUCUGAAGUUUGCCCAAAAAAUCUUUGGAGGUGGAAAAGAGAGAUUUUUCAAGGUUUUAAAGCUUUUUCGUUGCAUUUUCAUACUUUUAAUGGAAAUUUUGUACGUUUUCGACUCGGAAAAAUCGGUGUACACAGAUUUUCUUACCGUAAUCCAAUAGGCCAAAAUUUAACAAGCUAUGUAUACCCAUUGGAAGCUUUCAUGACAAAAAGUUUCAUGUGAGCGAUAGAAGAAAAAAAUAAAGGAAAAAAAUACUUUUUGUCCAUGGAGCAACCUUGCUCCAAAAUGCAGUUUUGGCGGGAGAAGACUUUUUUGAAGUGAUUUUUUUUUUCGAUAGUAGUGACUUUUGUAUGAAUUCAAAUAGAUUGUCUGGAACCUCAUUUUUCUCUAAAAUUAUGCUUUUUGAAAUUCCAGAAAGGUCAGGAAAAAAUAAUUUUUUUCUUGAAAAAAAUACGACUUUUUGCACCAUUUAUUGCUCAUGUUGAGAAAUUCGAAAGGAAAUUUAAGCUUUGUGAUUUUAAAUAAUCUCCUUUUUUUCUGACCACUUCGUUAUACGCAUAAGAGUUUAAAGAUAUAAAUCCAUUUAAGCUUAAGUUCCAUAUUUCAGAACUUCUUAAAAAAAAAACUUUAGCGAUCUUCUGAAAAUCUAUAUCCUAAUCUAGAGCUUCAAAGAAUGUUUGAGCAAAAUUUCAGAAAAUUUCAAACAAAAAAGUAAAAUGGCCUCCCUUGUUAGAACUUUUUCUUGGCUUUUAACCGUUUUGCUUCUCGCCGCCACUACCACCUUUUAGGACCAAGUCCGAGAACUGCUCGAGUCCCGGAACUCUGUCGACACGACGACCUCGGCCAGGGACCAGGACCGAUCCGGCUACGUCACGGUGAAUAUUCCUAGGCCGAGAAGUAAUUUUAGAGGCCUUGAGGAAGGUGCAGAAGAGCUUUUGAGUUUUGGAAUUUUUCUAAAGGUCAAUUCUAAAACCCUAGAAGAUUCUAAGGUUCUAAUUAUAAGAUCAUAGAAAUUUUAAGGUCAAUUCUAAGACCCUAGAAGCUUUAUCAUACAAAAAUUUCAAACAAAAAAGAAUAUAUUGUGAAAUUUUGAGACCUUUCCAUUCUAAUUCUAACAGUUUACUCGAAAUCUCAAAAAAUUCGUGUUUCAAAAAGAAAUCUUUAGACAAUUUUCUUUACCUCAAGCCAACCGUAAAUGGACUAUCAUUUUUGAUAAAAUCCCAAAAAGCGCAUGUGUCCAUAGAGCAUUUUUUUUUUGAGUUUUUUGGGUCAUUUUACUGUUAUUUCACUCAUUUAAAGUUUGCACUUUAUUUUUCUCGCGAUUUCAAGUCGUCUGUUAGAAUCGCAACGAAAAUUUCUACAAUAAGACCUUUUUUAGAUCUCGAACUUAAACUUUUCAAUGUUUUCAUGUUUUUAUUAUCAAAAUUAAUCAUUUUUGACCACUUCUGGACCUAUUCUAACCCUUUGAAGGUUUCCGUAAAUUAAAUCUCAAGAAAUACAUUUUACAAAGCUUUUCUGCACUUUUUAAAAGAUCGAUAAAACUUUUUGGUUUUUCCCCUUUCUCCAAUUUUUCGGCUCCUGUUCCAUUUAUUCUUGUCAUUUUCGAUGCAAAGCGGACACAGUACACUUCUAACGGUUUGACUAGAAGUGUGAAAGAAAUAUUAAUUCGCAGAAGAAAAAAAUGAUGUUGAAAAAUCAGCCUCGGAAAAUUCAGAGCUUAUGCACUAGUGCGCUCUAUUGAUAAUUUUUUAAUUUCCUUUUUUUCGAUUCUUUAGAUCAUGGUAACGCUAACCGGAGGCGCACAGGACUUUUCUGAGCAUUUCUAGUGACCACUUUAGCGGUGCCACCCUCUUAAGUGAGUUGCUGAGAAGCGCGUCAGAGAAACAAAAUCAUCUAAAAAAACAAAGCUUUGUUUUUUUAAGGGGGUUUUUUAGCGCUGUAAUUUAACUUUCCGAAAGACUUGCGAAAUUUCAAUAAAUUUAUUUAUUUAAACUUAGCUGUUGGAUGUUUCACCAAAGCUACCUACGUUUCAAACGUUGAAUAAAUAAGAUCAAUAUUCUUGCAAGUUUACUUUUUUCCGAGUUGUCUCUUCCAAAAAAAGUUUUCAAUUAAAAAGCCUAAUUUAUUUCGGAAAUUGUCGCCUAGACUUUUUUUCAGAAGCUGAUUUUGUCCGAUUUUUUUUUUCUGCGUGUUAAUAUCUCACAAGGGACGUUUUUUGGCUACCACAUUUUGAUGGAACUGGGUUGAAAUGUACUUCGGGACCUUACGAUUCCAAAACGAGAAAAAAAUUUCCCACAGUAGAUUUUUUUUUUCGGUUUAUGAAGCUUUAAAUUUUGCUAAAAAUACGCUAAUUUCGACAAAAAAGGCGCUAUUUCAAGCCAUUGAAGCGUUUUUAACCGAAAAAAAAAAUAAUCAAUUUCUAGAAUUUUUUCUUUUUAUGAAAUCAGGAGCUCCUAGGGUACACUUAAGCAAAGUUUCGUUCGGCGGCCAAAGAAAUCCCUCGUCAUUAUUUUUGCCGUGAGAAUAUAUUAUCAUCUGCAGUGUCUAACGAUUUUUCGACUAGAAAAAAAUCACGAUUUUAUUUUCAACUAACCCGAGUCGAAAAAAGCGUCGCUUUCAGGACGUUUCGACGGCGACGUGGCAAUUCUCGACCCAUUCUUUUUCGCCCCGUUCAAUCGUGAGCAUGAACGGCGCCCGCGAUGACAUUCUCAAGGUUUUCCCACCAAACAAUCGCUUUUUCUUUUCUUUUUCUGUUUCAACUUGCUUCAACUCACAUAGAUGCACUAAUCGAUUAACAAAAAAAAUGGUACCUUUGAAUGGGGACACGCGGUUGGGAAUGGAAUGGAAUGAAUUGGAAUGAUUUGCACCUUUUUCGGGUUUUUUGAGGGCUGUGCAAAAAAAUAGAUUAUGAAUGAUUUUUUUGUCAAUUUUUUUAAGUAAACUUGGUAUAUUUUUGGAAAAUUAAUCGAUUUUUUUACAACUUGAGGGGUGAAAAAAAUAGAUUGAGGAAAUCGAAUUUUUCCAUUGAGAUUUUUAAAAAAACAGGUAUAUUUUUAGAAAAAAAUGGGUACCCUGACGACUUUUUCGGGUGCCAUAAGGUUGAAAUUUUUUUCAAAAAUGACUGGAAAGAGCUCUAGUGACCACUUAAGAAGUCCCUUAAAUCUUAUUUGGAGGGGACACUAAAGUGACCACUAGAAGCAUCACUAUUCACUUCUUAGUGGCCACUUUAGUAGUUUUCAGUGGUUUAUUAGUACUUAGACUCCUAAAGAAGGCACUGAAUUUUAGUCACUUAAGUGGCCACUAUAACCUCAAAACCCUAAAGUGGUCACUAAAACUUUUCCCCGUAGAAAAAAAAAACUAACAUAAGAUUCAAAUUGUUCAAGAGCUUCAGCAUGGAUUUUUGAAUAAUUUUCAGAUUUUUUUUCAAUUUUUCCAGUUUUCUAUAAACUUAGGCACAGCCCUCAAGUGUAGUUGUACAAAAAAAAAAAGUUAAAACCGCAAAAAGUACACGGGUUUUGCACACGGUUGUUUGAUUGGUAGGCGGUUCCGCCGCGUCGAGAACCCCCGCCGCCUCCAAAACGCUACGACGAGGUCCGCGAGGAACGCUACGAACAGCGCUACGCCUCGCUGCCGACCUUGCAGCCGGCCAUCAUCCACAUUCAGGUUGAAAUCCAGGGGACGGAAAGUACUGGCAGAAAAUGGCUGUUCUUGAAGGGUUUUCAAGGAACAUUUUGGAAACAAACUUUCACUGGCGAAUCGGGAUGUCUAUGGGAUUGUUAUCGGUGGUAAUUUGUAUGUGACCUGGUAUCUGUAUGAUUAGGGACCGCAGGCAGUUUUCUAGAAACCAUCAGAUUUAAAUGAUUUUCAUAUGACCGUGUACUUCAUAGUCCUGGCAACUUUUAAAAAAAGAGAUCUUGGAAAAAUAUUGACUCUGAACGAAGUUACAGCCAUUAAAGCGCGCGUUUCGCGAUUUCAAUUCUCUGUAGAAAAUUUGGUCGAGGUCGCGAAAAAAUUGGGCGUUGCAAGGGUGCGGCGCGCUCUCAAACACCAGUAAAAAAAUUAGAGAAAAAAAGUUUCUUGUUAAUUUUUUUCGCACUAAAAACACACUAAUGAUAGUUUUUUUCAUUAUUGGAAAUGAUAGAACAAUGUCCAAAGAUGAGGACCAGCAAAAAAAUAAACACUGAAAAAGAAUAAGUUGAACGAUUUUUCAACGGCAAAAAAAGCAAAAUUAAUAUUUACGGAGUUUUCAAUGCUUUUGAUGUUCAAAAACUGUUAAAAAUAUCAUUAGGAAGCAUGGAUAAACGCAAAAUCUCCCUGAAACAAGAUUCGAUACAGAAUUCGGAACCAAUAAAAGGUUGUGAAUCCAUAGAAACACCAAUAAAUUAAUUAUUAAUGACUUUUAUAACCAUUCUUGUAGCAAUACAGCACUUUUAAACGCGCUCAACUCAUUAAAAUCCACUUUUAUGUCUUAUUCAGGUGAAUAUCCCGACUUUGAACGUGUUUUCCAGUGGAAUCCGGAUAGUGGGAGUUUGGCGAGACUAAAAUAAUUUUUUUGUUCUGGAAAAGCAUGUUAAGCUCUAUUUUGUUUUCCGAAUUACAUUACUGAACGUUUUGACUCAUUUCAAAAAAGUUUUACGCUAUUUUUGCUUUGAAAACAUCGCGAAUUCGGAAUUUUUGUGGGUCGGUGAAUGCACAAUUUCGCCAACGCGCAAAUGCAGGACGCUGUUUUUAUUGUUCGAAUGAAUCAAAUUUUGAAAGCACAAGCAGGAUUUUUUUAAUUUUUGACUAUGUUGAAGAAAAAAGUAAAUCAAACCAAAAUAAGAAAAAAAAUAAUUUGCCUACGACGGCUAAAACACUUUUCCAAGUGUUUCAAAAAAAUCGAAAAUCAAAACUUAUUUUUUUAAAAAUUAAGGUUGGAAUGAAAGUUUUGUUUUUUUAUUUUUUUAAAAAUGUUCAAAAAGUUUAUAGAGAACAGUUCAAAAAAAUUUUUACGAUGUUUCGCGGAAAAAUGCCAAAGUUCCCGAAUUUCGAAAGUUGCGAUUUUCCGACGCUUCGAUACUUGAAAGCACAAGCAGGAAUCUUUCUAUUUUUUUACUUAUAUGGUGUAUUUUUUUACAUGCUUAACAAAAUAAGAAAAAAAAAUAACUUGCCUACGUGCGGGAUUGUAAGUAUUCAACGUUUUUCCACUUUUUCCCACAAAGGCGUCGCGAAAAAACGUCAUUUUAACCGAUCCUUUUUUUAUUUACAGCUAUUUCUUCUAUGUAGAAUUGUAGAGAAUAGCCGAUUGUAUGUUUCCCUCAAUUUUUUCCCAAAACGGUUCAGAGAAACUGCAUAAACAACAAUGAAAUGUCAAAAAUGCAACGAAAUAUACGACGUUUUUUGGUCAGCGAGGGGUGUGGCCUUGCGGUCCCUAUGUAUGAUACCUAAAUAGUACCUGAUCGGUAUCUGGAUGCUACCGGGGACCUGAAAUUCGCGAUUGCCACUCGCUGGAACAUCUGUCGUUUAUUUAGCAUCCGUGUUUUUUACACCUUCAUAAGCCUUUCAGGGUCUUAUUGGAUAAAGCUGAAACAAAAAUAAACGAUCCGGGAAGCAAUUCCAGACUUUCCGGUAGUAAUCGCAAAUGUCAGGUAUCUACCCGGUAGCUACUUGCAUCGACCUCCGACCCAGGUACCAUAGAGAUAGUACCCGGUCGCAUACAAACGACCACCGAUUUCCAUACGCCGAUCGACUUUUUCAAAAGUUGCUACCCGGUAUCUAUUUGUAUCGACUUCUCGAUUCAUCUUUGGUACCUGGCUUGGAAUUUGAAGUUAUGACCUCUAUUGAUAAACAAAAACCCAGACAGCUUUUCAGAAAAAAUAUCAGAAAAGUUGUAUUUACUUACAAGAAAAUCUUUAAACCUUAUGUUUUUUUAAACUGGCCAAAAGACCUUCUAAUAACCUAGAGAAUGAUCCUAAGGCUGAAAAAUAUUAUUUUAAAUUUCAAAUUUCCAAAAACGCAAGCUUCAAAUUUUUUUCCGCCUGAAAGUGGUGUCGCUGAAACUCUGAAAAGUCCGUUUUCAAAAAAAUUUAAAUAUUUCUCAUGCUGAGACUUUUUCAGCGUGUUUUGAAGAUUUUUGUACAUUUUUAUUUCACAAUUAUGAAACCAGAGAUAGAAAGAUAUUUCUAGAAUUUUAUCAUAUAUCGUCCUUUUCUGACGGGACUUCUCUGCCCCCUCCUCGUCUCUCGGCGACCCUCUCAUUUUGACGCCCUAUUUUCCCGUUUCUCUGGCCUCGCCGGCGAGAGAACUGAGAGACGCAGACAGUCGAGAGCUUUAACAUUGAGGCUGAAGGACUAUAUAUAGAAAAUUUCGUUAGAGCGCACUUUCAAGUGUAGAAGAUAUAACAAAAAAAAAAUGAAUAAAUACAGCCAUUUUUUGCCAGUCUCCCAUACACUCGACCUCCAACACGGUUUGUCUGACUCCCAAAACGAGCAACACUAACACUAACAUGUACAGAACUGGUCAAAAUCAAAACUCAAAACAUUUUGAAAGAAAAGUCACUUUACAGCUUCUGAGAAAGCAUAAAUUUGAAAAUUUCAGCCUUUCUGUUGAUUCAUUUCAUUUGGAAUUUCCAUAAUUUUUUUCGGAUGAUUUUAUUUUAUUUUUUUAUUAUGCUCAAAUUACUCCACGAAGUUACUAAAACAAUGAAACCAAAAAAAAGUUUUUUUUUUCAAAGAUUCGUUUUGAUCAGUUCUGUAUGAUAUAUAGUCGAUAUGAAACGACGAUUUUUUUUAAUAUUUAUUUUUUUAAACAAAAAAAAUUUUCCUCGUUUUUUUCUUUCGACUAAAUAAUGGAACUGCAUGGGAAAAUUGAAUGGGAACGGUGUUUUCGAGCAUUUUUUUGUCACGUUUUUGUAUCAUUUGGAUUGAUUUUUGUUUUCCUGGAAUGACGAGUUUGAAAAAGAGGAAUGAAAUAGGUUUCAAACUGUUCAUUAAACUUUGAAUUAAAAGGUGAUUUUAGUUCAUCCAGGCUUCAUUUUUCAGCAAUAUUGAUUUUUUAAAAAAUCACGAAAAAGAGAUGAAACAAAGGAAAAGUGAACUGAACGUUUUGGGCCGAAUUAAAAAAAAACAUUUGGUCGUUGGAAAAAGAUUGGGUCCCGCAACGUUGUAGCAACGAUGUACGAGCUCCAAAUUUUGAAUUUAUUAUCUCAUUUUUUACGGAAAUUUCAAAUUCCCGCGUAAAAGUCACAUAUUGUGAAGUACAGUGCAGAACUUAUUUUUUUUUUACCGAAAUUACUUUGAAAACGGGAUCAGAUUGAUAUUUUUACAAUUUUUCCAGAAAAUUUUUUUUUCAAUUAUUUUUUCUAUGUUUUUUGACCUUCAAACUCGCCAUUCCAGGAAAAGUUGAUGAACACGAUUUUGAAACUUUCUCCUAAAUGUGUGAUUUUCAGGAUGAGAAACCGCGGAGCAUCAUGAAACGUCGUGAGCUCGAGAGCCGUGAGCAACUUCUGUACCCGCAGGAAAACUCUCAGGUCGUCAAGUCCUACUCCAGAAGCACCAGCAACGUCGCCAAGGUCUUCAUUUUAGGCUUUUCGAAAAUCACACGGUCUUCCUUCCAUAAAUUCUGCUCAUGAAAGGCUUGUCACGCCUUAAAGUGAGCGAAAAGGGGCGGGGCUAGCCAAUCAGAAACGCUGUUCGGUAGAGCGCAAUUGAACAGAUUGAUGAUUGAAUAAUGAAACCCAUCAAGUUUCAUUUUUUAGUUCGAAAAAAUCCCAGGCUUUUCACCUUUUUCGAGCCUUCAAUGAAUUCCGCUUCUGAAUGGCUUGUCACGCCUCGAAGUUAGCAAAAAGGGGCGGGGCCAGCUUGUCAGAAACGCUUUUCGGUAGAGCGCAAUUGAAUGGUUAAUGAUUUUAGUUUGAAAAAAUCCCAUGUUUUUCACUUUUUUCGAGCCUCCAAUAAAGUUCGCUUCUGAAUGGCUUGUCACGCCUCGAAGAGAGCAAAAAGGGGCGUGGCUAGCUGUUCGGUAGAGCGCAUUUGACUGGCUUCAUGAUCUAACACAAUAACAAUUAUAAGCUCAUUUUUCAAAAUCCCAGUCUGGAUCAAAAAUCAAAAAAAAAAGUUUUCCUAUACCUUAUCAAGCUUCAAAAGUCCGCUUCUACAUAUCUUGCCACGCCUUGAAAUAAGAGGGGCGUGGCCAGCCAAUCAGAAACCCUGUUCAAAAGAGCGCACUUGAACUAAUUGAAAAAUUCCGUCGGAAUCAAAAGUGAGUUGAUUUGCGUGUGCUUUCCCCUCUGCUACGGCUCCGCUAUAAUUAUUGAAACUUGGAAAAAAAUAUUUUAAAAAAAGAUAUUAAAAUAGGAAAAAAAGUUUGAAAAAUAUUUAUUUUUUUCAGCCGACCGUCACCGAGACCGUGCAGCGCUUCGAAGAGACGCGACGCACCGAGGAGGUAGGAGAAUAAAAAAAUAAAAUUUGAAUAAAUUUAGAUAUUCAUCGGAAAAAUCAAAAAAAUUACAUUGGAUUUUCAGAUUUUGUCCUGUGUUUCGUCUCUAUUUUUAAACUAAAAAUUUAUUAGAGCAAUUCGAUAUUUUUCUUCAAACUACUGUUUCAAACAAAAAUGAAAAUUUUUCACUAAAUGUACUUUUUCAAUAAGCAGAAAUUAUGUUUUAGGUGUGCAUUCGAAUUAAAAGCCAUUUCACUUUAUUUGAACAAAUAGAUAUCUAGAAACAGGAAUUAUUGGUAACGUUGAACAUUUGAUCCUUGAAGAGCUUGAAAAAAAGUUUUUCCCUUUUUUUUUUUUGAAAACCCUGGAGUGGUUUCUUGAGAAGCAACAGUGCGGGCAAUUGAAGGUUCCCCUCUAGGGACCACCUAAAAUUUACACUCUAGGGAGCACUGUUUUAAGGGCUGUUUUCCCUUAACCCCUUUAGGGACCACCCUGGCGUUUCUAAAAUAUGACCGAUUCAUGGCUAGCUUGGGAGUGCCUGUGGUCUCCAUCAGCCAAGCGGUCUCUUUUUUUUCCCGGGUCAGGACCAUUUUUCGAUGGCACAAGUCAGGCGUGCUUAGAAUCGCCAGAGCGGUCCCUAUAGGGGCUAGGGAAAAACGCCUCUUUAGGGUACAAAUAAGGUGAUCCAUCAAGGGUCAAUAUUACUCCUCUCGAAGUGUUUUUUCAUUCAAAAAGGCCAAUAUGUUGAUUUUUUGCAGCAAAAUACUUCCCAUAGGUCUGUAAAAAUAAACAGUGUCAUAAUUUUCCUAUAGUGACCCCUUUUGCAAGCAUUAGGGCUACCUAUAGGGGAGGUAAAGAUAUCUCUAGAGGGGGGGAACCUUCAAGGCUACCCCUAUAGGGGUCACUCUGAUGUUUCUAGUUUAAUCGACUAUAAAAUUAUUUGCAAGGGUACGGAGUCCAAUUAUUACCUUUUCUUGUACAAAGAACCCUUCAACCUUUAAGAAUUCAGGUGGAACGUCGCGUUCAAAGACGCGAGAAGAAGGAGCGCCGAAGCCGUCAUCAUUCUUCCUCAAGACAUCAUUCUGGAUGGGAGAGCGGUGGCUACAACACGAAUGGAUACCAUGCCGGUGAGAAAUGUUACCUGUUUCUGGUCAUUUUUGCGAAAAAUCAAUUUAUUUACAAUGGUUCGUUUGGUUAUGGGUCAAUAUGGUGGAUUCCCCGCAAGUUUGUCACUUUUUGAAAAGAAAAAAAAAUAGGUAAAACUGCAGUAUCCACAGGUCUUUCGCGCAUACGGUAUUUUGACGAAGAAAACGUUACAAGCUGGCGCGGAAUGGACUAUAUAUUUUUUUUAAACAAUCACUUUAUUUACAAUGGUUUGUUUGGUUAUGGGUCAUUAUGGUGGAUUCCCCGCCAUAAUUUUGUGACUUUUUGAACAGAAGAAAAUAUAGGAAAAACUACAGUAUACAGAGCUUUUCGCUUCAAGACCUAAAAUUAGACGAUAUCCUGACUAAAAAAACGUGAAGAGCUGGCGCGGAAUCGACUAUACAUAUUUUUUCCGUUUCUUGGUUUCGGUUGGUUGAUGGUUCUUUGAUAUGUGUACAGAGUUCCGAUACGCGUCGUUGCCGCGUCGCACCAUCGUCCGCGAAUCCGACAGGGCGAUGACCAACGAGGAGAUGGACAAAGUCGUCCGCGAGGCCUACGAGGCCGCCGACGAGGCUCGUCGCGAGCAUCGUACGUGUUGUCGCACUUUUAUCCGUAUAGUUCAUUCGUGAAGGCUUUCUGCGGUGUUUAAAGGAGCAUAGGCCGAAUUCAAAAGGGUCUCGAAUGAACUGUAUUGUCGUCUUGUCUUGUCCUGCACCUCUUUGUCUGGCGCGUUUUUCAAACACUUUCUCACUUUUUAGCACAUUUGGGUCGAAGAAAAUUUCAAAAGAGAGAACGAAUUUUUCAGGAAACAGCUUAACAUUGAAUGUAGAAAAGCUCACGGCGACAUCAAAUCGACGCCACAUCCACGGCGGAAAAUAAAAUGUGUAGUACGCAGUGCACGCGAUGCAUAUAAAGCGACGCGCAAAACCGAAUUGUAAUGUUUAUUAUAACUAAAAUAAAUUUUCUGGCUGUUAUUCAUUCAGGAAUAGCUGAAGAAAAAUUUUCACAAGAUUUAUAUUCUAAAAAAAUCACAGCUAAACUAAAAUGAACAAAAUAAUAAAAAAAUGCGAAAACAGCAAGCGCGCCCCAUGGAGACGAGUGCGCGUGUGCGUCGCCUGGCGUUGUUUUUUUUUAACAUAAGUUUGCUGGUGUCGCCGUGAAGCUAAGAAUUUAAUAUUUUCAACUUAUCCAGUGAACAGUUCUAAGUUCGAUCUCCUAUCUCAAAAUAAGGCGGGAAAAAUUGAUCGGACAUAAAAUGAAUAAUUUAGCUUAUGUAAUUUCAGGAGAACAUCCCAAGCUCGGAAUUUUUAGAAUCAAAAUGCUCUCAAUAUAAUUAAGUUAAUAAAAAGGUUCGAAAAAAACAUAUAAAAAAAUUUUUUUCCAGGUAUAAAUAGAAAAAAAUCGAUGAAUUCUUCCUUUUUGUAUUUCUGUCUAGCGCUUCAUGCUCUCCUCCUUAAUGCUAUUUUGGCUUGCUUAUCAUCGAUUUUUCGGAAUAUUUAUUCGAUUUUUGCGGUUUCAGGUCAUCGUAGCAGCUCCUUGAGCCGAGGCGGUUACGUGCCAGGCGGCCAGGAGACCUACUACCGUCACGAGACCACUCGUCGUCAUCAGAACUCCAACCAGGUGUGGAUUUGGUUGGAAAAUUGUCUAUUUGAUAUAAUGGAUUUUCUGAAAAUUCGAGGAAAAAUAUGAGAAACAUAAUCUGAAGUUGAGAGCGAAAAAGUACAAAAUUAUCAGGUUAAUUUUUUAGGCCCAAAAUAGUUUCAAAAUCAUCAUAAUUAUCACAAAUUUACCUAAUUUUUGACUUUUUGGUAUUCAAAUCUAUCCAGGACAAACUAGGGUUUAAAAAUGUUCUACUCCGUUUCUCCGAAUGCGGACCUUGAGCUUAAAAAGACGACAAAACCCAUCAAAAACUGAUAAAAUAGGAGAAUUUGAGCUUCUCUUCAAAAAAUAAUUUGCGAUUCUCAAAUCAUCUUCUUUUUGUACACUCCGUUUUCCGCAACUUGAAACAGCUGUUUUUCUCUGUGCCCUCCUAGUCUCUCGGCUACCCUCUCAUGUUGACGUGUUGUUUUCUUGUUUCUCUGACCUCGCCGCUGAGGGAACAGAGAGACGCAGACACUCAAAAAAGUCGCUGCGGACUGAUUUUUUUUUUGGCAGUUCUGAAAGCCGUGUUCAGAAAAUUAUCUCUGACUCUCCAAAACUAAGCUAUUUUUUCUUUUCCCUGAUGGCUAUUUUGAAUUUCGCGGAAACACUUUGAACACGGCAUAACCUACUCAUAACCUAGGAAACUUCUUUAUUUGAAAAUAUGAAAAUAUGAAAAUCUGAAGAACAAAGGACAGAGGCUAAAAUUCCAAAAACUUAAACGAAAUGAAGCGAAAAAAAAUAAAAUAAGAUAGUAAGAAAGAAAGAAAGACCUUGUAUUUUUAUAACCAGACUCAUGAUUUUUCAGGACGACUUCAACCGCGGAAUCGCCCACGCUCGUUACGGAUCGCUGUCGGACUCGCUGCGCCGCGGCGAACUGAAAUACGUUCCAAAUGGCGAGGUCCGCGAGUCCUACUACCGUGACGGAUCGCGCAACAUGCACAAGAGUCACUCGACAAGUUCGUUUCUUAAUUUUUGACUUUUCUGAGAAAAUUCCUGUUCAAAUUUAUAACGUAAUAUUAUCAAAAAGUUCAAAGAAAUCGUUGCAGGAGACGUUUUCGGCGGCCAGGACGAUCGUCGGUCUGUUUCUUCGUACCGUCGCGGCAGCCAGCAAAUGUCGCCUUUCGUCGAGUUUCCACCAACUCUUCCAAGACGGUACCUUUUUUUCACCUAUUAUUGAUAAUUCAAAAAUUUAAAAAAAGCGGAAGAAGAAAUGUUCUUAAUAAAUUUUUGAAUCAGUAGAUUAUUAUUCCGAAGGUUUUUUGGGAAAAACGGUGAAGUUUAAAUUAGAUUUCAGUUCAUUCCAUAAAAGAGUAUAAUCCAUUUUUGCCGACUUGAAAUGCGAGAAGGGUAAAUUGACAAGGGGGACGCGUUGCGUACGCGAUGCGGCGGGAUCAAGGAAACAUUUUUUUAUUUUUUUAUUUUUUUCAAAUUUUUAUUCGUUCAACUAAGCCUGAUCAAAACCAUACAAAUUCAAAUUGAUUUGAAACUUUAUCAAAAAAAGGAAAACCAUUGAAAUAAGGAAAGCCGCGCCGCGUACGCAACGCAUCACCUUAGCCAAUCCUUUCAUACUAUUGUCUCAGCGGGUGUACCCGUUUUAAACCCGUGUUUUUGAGAGCUAAAACGGGAGAAAAACGGGACGAGAAUCGAUGACUUAGCUGUGUUUUUAUACGGAAUUCUGAGACCCAGCGGAACCUCAGCAGUGGUAAAAAUGCCAAAAGUCCUACCAGCUGUGCUUAUUCGGAUUUAAUACGGGCGCACCCGCGUCAGCACGGCUGGUUAUCUUCAUAGCUUUGCCUCUCAAGUCGGGAUGGAUUAUUGUAGUUUUAGAGAAAAAAAUCGUUUGAAGUAACUUAUUUGAGAUUAUUCCUUUAGUAGCGAACGCGACGAGAACUACUUCAGACCGGUGAGCAAGUCGCGCAGCUAUGCCGACUGGGAUGACGCCGGCCGCUCCGGCUUCGGUCGUGAAGUUAGACGGUGAGUUGAAGGGAUUUCCGAAGUGCGGAAAACGGGUGACUGCAAAAUGGCCGCUAACAGGGUUCCGUUUUGCGGCCUUUAUUGAGCCUUAUUUUUCUUGGUGCGUUAAAAGACUCAAAACUUUGUGAAAAAAGGGUGAAGAAAGGGACAGGCCGGAAAAAGGGAGAAGAAAGUCUCUGCUAUUGAUGAUUGUAUUACUGUAGCACAUUUUGGUUCAUACACAGUCGCUGGUGAAGAUUAUUCUCAGUUUAAAAACUUUGUGUUUCUCAAAAGGGUCCAAAAAGGGUGGAUGAAGGCCGAUGAGAGGACGGAAAAUAGCAGUAAAAAGGAAACCGUUUGUUGGAAACCGCCGGGUUCGUAUAGUCAAUGUUCCCCGACUUGAAAGGCGAGGGAGGCGGGGCAGGGGCGGGACGCGUAGCGUGUGCGUUGCGGUUCUUGGCACGUGUUCAAUUCAACCGCCAUCUACUCUUUGAAAAGCCCGUUUUUCGCUUUUUUUAUUCCUUUUUUAAUUAUUUAUGUUCAUGUGUGCAUCUAAAAAUAAUAGAAAACAUUGAAAAAGAGCGGUUACCGAGCUUUUUAAAUAGUCGGCGACAAUUGAAUUGAACUCGUGCCACGAACCGCGAACGCACACGCUACGCGUCCCGCCCCUUGCCCCGCCUCCUUCGCCUCUCAAGUCGGGAAACAUUGACUAUAACGGACGCUCGAAGGGUCCGUAAAUGGUCCUUCCGACCUUUCCUAUGUUCAGUUCUCAUAAAAUCACUUGACCGUUUCUAAAAGAAAGAAAAAGUGACAAAAUUUGCUCAAAGUAUUAUGAUGGUUAAUUAACAAAUUGCUGAAUUUAAAGAGGCUUCAAAAAAAAAAUCGCAUUUUUUGAAUUUUUGUUCAAGUGCACAUUUCGAAGUUUCCUUUUUCAGCUACGACGAUGACAUGGGACGACUUGAGGCCGAGUUCCGCGACUCUUUGCUUAUGCCGAUGCCAAAUGGGAACUUGUAAGGAGUUUCAUAUUGAAACUGGUCGAUAUUGAAAAGUAAAAUUAGCUUUGAACAGAAAUUGUUACACUCAAACCUUAGCUCCCUCUAUAGGAUCACGGCGUUCCCAAACGGGGUGGGGAGACGUCAAAAAAAUUUUGGCGCGAAAUUUGAAAUAUCAAGUACGCAGCCAAACGUAUUCUUCGUUGAAUACUCAGUUUAAUUUGCAACGAUAGGUAGCUGUGACGUCACAGUCCUUUUAUCCGAAGCGCGCACUUACUUUUUUUUUUGUAAAUUCAGAAACUCGCUCACCUUUUCUCACCUUAUUAGGAACGCCGUGAGGAGGCACUAAAGCUUGCAAAAAUGACCCCUAUAGUGUUUUAGUUAGUGGUCACUCUAGGGGAGCUUUUUUGAGAACUCUGUGAGAAGCUUUACUAUAUAACCGUUCAUAAGUUUCAAAUCACAACGAAUAACAAAAAAUCGCUAUAGGGACCACUUGAGCUUUAGUGACCUUGAAAUCAUAUUAGGAUGGGUACCCUUUUCCCCUAGUCACCACUCUGCCGUUCGUAAGUUUAGAAUCGAGAGUUAUUAGCUCAAUUUCUUCCGCAGAUCCCUCUGACCGAAAGAAGUGGAAUUUUUCUUGUUUGAGGAACGAGAAGGACCACCGCACCGAGCAGAUUCCAGGAGGCUAUGAGACUUUCAACAAGGAGAGACACGCCAACUCGGGACGCCGCGCCGGACGCGACGGACGACCUGUCGAUUACAAGUUCGUUUUUUAAAAUCUUUCAGAUUUUCCAAAAUUUUGAGGAUGUAAACUUUUGGAAGAAUUGAAAAAUUUGAUUUUCCUGCUUCUGAAUCCGCCUGUGUUUCGUUAAAGUUCUAAGAAAGGCCCAAGAACAGAUACUAAAAAAAGUGAGAAGAAAUUUUUUUUUCCAAUCAAUUCUAACUAGGGAACGUUUUUUACCUUAAGACGCUUCAAAAGCUUAAAAUAGCGCUUUUUUGACCUAAUUUGCGCAUUUUGCACACGUUGAAGCUCUAUAACUCGGAACCAAGAUCUAUUGCGAAAAAUGUUUUUCUUGUUCUGGGAAAAACGUACCCUGGUACUUCCUAGAACUGCCAAGGGAUUCAUCGAACGUUGAGAAGUACGAAAAAAGAAUAAACUUUCUCUUUCGAGUGAUGAUGUAAUUUUUUGAGUAGGCUCAAGUGGUUAGGCAAACUUUGCUCCAGUGCGAAACUUUUUGCGGCUGGGAUUUUUUCUCUACGACUUAUGACUUUCAUGCGUCGCGAAAUCCAUUUAAAAGUUAUGAAGUCAUUUUGGGCGUGUUAAGCUUGAACACAGAACUUUCUGCAAUUUUAUAUUUAUUUUUUUUCGGAAAAUUCACAGUUUGAAAAAAAGAAUUGUGAUGACGUCAUUUUGAAAAAUAUUGGAGAUUAUGUAAAAUUUUUUUUAACACGAAUCACGAGUAAUCAAAAUUAUCUAGCUAAGAGUUUACUUAAGGGGUGUUAGCUACCCUAGAGAGAGUACUUAACUUGCAUUUUUUUGAGUCAUUAUUAAAAUCUUUUUUUAAUGCAUGGAUACAACUUAGAGGUUCUACUUGAGGGGAAAAUUUGAUUAAAAGUGACGUCAUCAAUUUUAAUCAAGUUUUCACAACAUCCUUCUUCAAAAAGCCUACUUUUAAUGAAGUCAUUGAUGACGUCAACUUGAAAUGGCCCAAUCGUUUGAACAAACUGCGCUCCAACGCGAAUAUUUUUGCAGCGAGGCGUCGCAAGAGUACAACUACAAGCGCGAACAGCAGUUCGACGACCGCCGGCGACGUUGA